AUGUCCAACGAUGACAAGUUUCUAAUCAGUGAGGCAUUCCUAGCGUGCGAGGACAAAGAGUAUCAAUCGGCUGAACUCACGAUUAUGCCCGUGAUGGAGACUGUAGAGUCAGCACGUAUGAAACAGCAAUCUGCCUUAGAAACGACGCUCGGUGUAGCUUUGUCCGCUGCCAGUUUCGUGCUAUACCCGUACGUUGCAGCAGGCAAAGCAGUUGCUCAUGUUACAUCCAUAGCUGUGUCUGCUCCUCUUCUUCUGCACCACCACGUACGUUCCCGCGUCGCACAAUCAUGGAUGCCUUUACUAAAGAAUCAUAAAGCGGAGGACAAAGCGAAUCUCGUUGAAGAGCGCUCAAGCAGAAGAUCUAGCGGCACCCAUUGUAGUAGCAUCGAAAAGUUUGAAGAGCAGAAUAAGCCGCAAGAUAGCGGUAGUAUGUCCCAGUUGCUGCACCUGCCAGUGCGUUUGGCAUACAGCGGUGUAUUCACAGUUGUGGUGAUUCCUACGCGGGUCGUCACUUAUAGCGGCCAAACGAUUUCUGCUGCAAUGCUGAAAUCCCAUCAGCUGGCUUUAUUAGCUAUUGCAGAAUCAACAAAGGUUAUGACGAGAACGGGGAUGCGUGCAGCGAGAAAAAUAUCACGAGGUGCAAUGUCAACAGUGAAUUUCACAGCCUCAACACUCUCUGGAGCUGUAGGAGUGUCCAUUAGGACUGUAAGCUAUUCUAUUCCUCCAUCGAUAUCAAACGCAGUAUGGCAGGGGGUGGACAUUACUGGGAACGCGUCCGUGAAUGUGUUGUCCCAUGCUAUAACUGUGCCAUCGUAUCGAAUGCUAAAAACAUUGCUACCUAUAGAGACUUUGUUUUCUGAAGAAGAAGCGGUGGCACAGACGCGAUCAGCUGUUAAGAUGCUCGUAAAGCUUUUUGGCCCACAAAAUGCAAUUUACAUGCUGAAAUGGAUAUACGAGACAGUGAAUAGUGAAGAAGUAUUCGACGCGUUCUUGUUGUGUCGCGACAUUGUACAGGAAUUGCUAAAUGGGGACAAUUAUCGCCAUGCUAGUUCAGCCACGGGCUUCACUAAGGUGGCUAUUGUGAUGCAGGAGGCGUACAGCGUGCUGCCAUCGCUUGAUGAAAUGCUUGAUGCAGCGGUUCUUUUAGCAGAUGUUUCGGACGAGAUGGUCGAUGGUGCUGUUUACUUUGCUAGUGGAAAAGAUUUUGAUGCACGGGAUGAAAUAAGUGAAGAAGAGAGAAUUUCACGCUUUGAGUUUGUAGAUGAUGCCGUUUCAUUCACUGAGGUAACCUUUGAGCGUGAAAGAAGUGGAAUGUCAUCAGACGAGGAGCUGGAUCCCAUUCUGGACUCGGGAAUUUCAUUUUUGUCGCGAGUCUGUGAUAGUGAGGAAGCUACGUCUCUCUUUAAUACGUUCGGUGAUGUUCUUGAUAUUUUGAUCGACUAA